UCCCAUCUCUAGAAGGGUUUAUCUCUGGUGGCUGGCUUUUGACAUUUGACAUGACAAUUUGACAGAGACAGCUACAUAUUUGAAAAGAGGUUACAAAAUUGUUUCUGUUUUAGAACUAGAAAUUGGUAUUUUCUUAAAUAUUUGAUAAGGACUGUAAUGAGUGUAGAAUACAUUUAUAAUUUAUAAUAAUGGCCGAAAAUGCAGCUAAUCUCACAGCAACUCUGCAGGUCAAACCUAGUAUAUUUGAAAUAAUUGCACAAAAAUCAUUGAAUGAUAUUUUACAACCAGCUUUUAGGAAACUGGCAGAGGUAUUAGCUACUAAUUUUCCAAAAAGAUUUGCAUGGCUUAACAAUUAUUGUGAAGAAUCUUUUGUAGUGAUAAACUGGCUUUUACAGUACAACUAUCUGAAAAAUUAUGAUUCAACAUUCUCUGAGAAUUUUUAUGGGUUUAAGAGGAUGUGUGUUGAUGGGAAAAGCCUCUCAAACCAUCACAUAGAAUUGUCUUUGUUAUUUAUUGUUUUGGUGCCUUACUUUAAGAGGAAGUUUGAUAAAAAAGUUACUUUAUAUAUGAUAGAGGAAGCAGAUGGAUAUUUUAAACAGGAUUUUGAAAGCAAGUUUAAAAAAAUAGUAAUUCAUUCACAUUCCGCCAUGGAACUAACAUGGAGCCUUAUAAGCAUUUAUAAUUAUAUGAAAUAUAUGACCAAUCAAACAGAGUUCCAAACUCCUUCAUACAGAAUGAUAGAUGUUAAGCUGGUAUAUGAUACACAACCACCACAUGGUACAAGUUUUUGGCCUAAUGUUUUGAAAGGAGAAAUAAGCAAGGUGCAGCUUAACUUCAAACAUUUCACUAGUGCCCUAACAACUACCUUGGAAAUAGGUGCAUUCUUUUUACAAUUUCUUCAGACUUGGACUACUCAAAAAACAAACUAUAGUAUCACAAAUCUUCCUAACGUGCCGCCUCCACCAGUAAGUGCAAUUCUAGAUAAAUAUACAAUUAUUAAUGGUAGCUACAAGAUUUAUAAAACAAGAAGCGUAAAAAUACAUAUGUCAAAAAACAAAUAUAUGGAUAAGAAAUAUAAAUAUAUGAAUAAGGAGAUUAUAAAAUAACUAUAACAGGCGUCUGUAUUUAUUAGUCAGAAAGUAACAAUGCUUUUGAGUGAACCUAAGCGGCGAAGGUUACCUUAGAGUCUUUUUCGCGAGUAUCCAUUACGUGAAACCUGACAACAAAUAACAGCUGAUUUUCUUGUACAUUUCAAAAUACCGAAUAUUGACAAGUGACACACAACUCUGAUGCAUCUGUCAAUGCUAGAUAUAUAAACGUAGUCGUAUUUUGUUGUAGUCAUUUGUACGCUACGGAUUCAUACUCCUAACAACGUUUUUAUUUAGAAGAGUUCCUACUGACAAAAGGAAAAUGAUACAAAC